GUUACCGUCCACAAUGACUUCUUAGCUGGGUUAGUGGAAAUGUCAAGGGAAAAUAUCGAGCUUUAACUAGUUUUGCUCUCUCUUUUCAAACGACUCUCAUUUUUUUGUUUUGUAUUCUGCUCAUCAAAUUCUACAUUUCUUCAAUCUUUUUCAAGAUAAGUUAAUCAAAUGGAUGCUUUGUCUGUCGUUGGAGGUGCACUUUUAACAGCUACAUUUGAAUGGUUGUUCGCAAAGUUGGAUUCUACACAAUUAUUAAGCUUUGCAAAACAGAAUCAAGUUGGCUUGGAGCUUAAGAAAUGGAGGAAUUUGUUGUUGAAAAUCCAAGCAGUACUCGAGGAAGCAGAAACGAAGCAAAUAACCAGUCCCUUGGUGAAAAUCUGGGUUUCUGAGGUUAGAGUUUUGGCUUUUGAUAUGGAAGAUAUUUUGGAUGAAUUCCCAUUACUGUUUGACGAAGCUCGAACAAACAAUUCAUCGAACAUGUUCCGUGCAUGGUUUGCUGGUACAAGACGAAGCCAUUCCAUGCUGGAUUAUGGAAUAAGUAGCAAGAUAAAGGAUGUUACUGAUAGAUUACAGUGCAUUUCAUCGGAGAUCAAUGGUCUCAGCUUGAAUUUGACAAAGAUAGCUGGAGGAGACAUGUCCAAAUCCGGCAGGUUACAAGAGAAAAGACUAACUACUUCUUUGAUUGGAGAUCAUGUGUGUGGUAGGGAAACUGAAAAAGAAGAUAUUCUUCAAUGGCUGCUGAAGGGUGAUGAAAAUGGAGUAUCUGUAAUGCCUAUAGUUGGUAUGGGAGGAAUGGGCAAGACCACAUUGGCUCAACUUGUUUAUAAUGACGAAAGGGUUGCCGAUCGUUUUGCAAUCAAAGCUUGGGUUUGUGUUUCGGAACAGCUUGAUCUUAUGAUGGUGACAAGAAUAAUACUGGAGAAAGUUUUGUCGAAUUCGUAUGAAUGUUCGAGUGAUCUAGAUUCACUUCAAGUAAGGUUGACAGAGGAGUUAUCAGGGAAGAAGUUUUUAUUUGUUUUGGAUGAUGUUUGGAGUGAAAGUUACCAUCAAUGGGAUCUCCUAAGAAGACCCUUCAAAGCAGGGGCACCUGGAAGCAAAAUAAUAGUCACUACUCGCCAUUGCAAGGUCGCAUCGAUGGUGGGAAAUGUUGCGGCUUAUCAUCUGCACGCAUUACCAUAUGAUGACUGCUUGUCAUUGUUUGCUCAACAUGCAUUAGGAAAGAGAGAUUUCAGUGCACAUCCGAGUGUUGAAGAAAUCGGACGAGCAAUUGUAAGAAGGUGUAAAGGAUUACCUUUGGCCGUGAAAACCCUUGGAGGACUUCUGCAUGGUAAGCAAACUUGCGAUGAAUGGAAUGACAUAUUGACUAGCAAGCUAUGGAAUUUACCAAAUGAAGGGAAUGACAUUCUUCCAGCUCUAAGAUUGAGCUAUCAUCAUCUCCCGUCUCGUUUGAAACAAUGCUUUGCUUAUUGUGCGAUAUUUCCCAAAGGCUAUGAAUUCGACAAGGAUGAAUUAGUUUUCCUGUGGAUGGCAGAGGGGCUUCUUCUGCAGCAGCCAAAAGGAAUGGAGCAAAUGGAAGACUUAGGCCACAAAUAUAUCCUCGAUUUGUUAUCAAGAUCGUUUUUCGAAAGGGCCAGUAACAAGGAAUCGCGGUUUGUGAUGCAUGAUCUUAUCAACGACUUAGCUCAAUUUGUUGCAGGAGAAACUUGCUACAGUUUUACAGAUAAGUUCAAGCAUGUCAAUAUAUCAAAUGCAAGCUUUGAAAAGUUCCGUUACUUGUCUUUUACUAAGCAGAACUUCGACACUUCUCAAAGAUUCAAAAUGUCUCGCCACAUGAUGAGCUUGAGAACAUUCCUAUCGUUUUCUCCAUUCUCGCAUUCCUUUCGCAGCUUUUUAUCUAAAAGUGUGCUCCAUGAUUUUCUGCCAAAAUUGAGAUAUUUGAGGUCAUUAUCCCUUUGUGACUAUAACAUCAAGAAGUUACCAGAAUCAAUAGGGGAAUUGAAGCAUUUGAGAUAUCUCAAUUUAUCUCGUUGCGUGAUAAAAUGUUUACCGGAGUCUAUAACAACCCUUUUCUACCUGCAAACAUUGAUCUUAAACAGGUGCUAUAAGCUCUGCUGGUUGCCUGCAACUAUUGGGAAUCUAAUGGAUCUUCGGCAUCUCGAUAUCACACACACGAAGGCUUUAAACGAGAUGCCAUCAGGGAUAGGUAAACUGAGAAAUCUGUUGACAUUGCCUAAAUUUGUUGUGGGGGAAGUUGAUGGAUUGAGACUAGGAGAAUUGAAUGGCCUAUCACAUCUUAGAGACCAGUUAUCUAUUUUGCAGUUGCAUAAUGUGUUGGAUAUACAAGAUGCAAGGCAUGCUAAUCUAAAUGAAAAGAAGGGCCUCCAGGAAUUGAAGCUAGAAUGGAGUUGUGAUUUUCAUCACUCGAGAAACGAGACACGUGAGAUGGAAGUUCUUAGCUGGUUAAAACCUCAUCAAAACCUGCAAAAGUUAACGAUUAAGUUCUAUGGAGCUAAAGAAUUCCCUUCAUGGGUAGGUGAUCCGUUGUUUUCUAAAGUAACACACUUGGAGCUUUAUCAUUGUCCAAGAAUCACUUCCCUACCGUCGCUUGGACAACUCUUGUCAUUGAAAACAUUGAUCGUAAAAGGCAUGGUUGCAGUAAAAACAGUGGGCUUUGAGUUUUAUGGCUGUGGUUCUUCUUCGAUUGAGGCUUUUCCAUCACUAAAGAUUCUAAGAUUUGAAGAUAUGUUAGUUUGGGAAGACUGGUCUUCUUCACUUGUUGGCAUUGAACUUAAAAGGGUUCGGCAAUUCGAACGACUUCAUGAACUCCAAAUUUACAAUUGUCCUAAGUUGGUAUCCAAAUUGCCAACCAAUCUUCCAUCACUCAUAAAACUUGAGAUCUGCAAAUGCCCACAGUUAACAUAUUCAUUUGUAAGUCUUCCAUCUCUUAGAAACCUGAAUUUGGAGGAGUGUAACGAGAUGAUUUUCCGAAGCAUGGUUCAUCUCAAGUGUCUUAGGACAUUGAAAAUUACCAACAUUUCUCAUCUUGCUUGUUUGCCAAACACGUUCAAACAAGACAUGAUAGCACUUGAAGAUGUGAGGAUCGAAGAAUGCACUGAACUGACAUCUUUGUGGGAGGAUAGAAGCAAUACAGACAACCUUGUUUGCCUUAACCGUAUUGUGAUAAAAAAGUGUCCCAUGUUUGAUCCCUUGGCAAGGGAAGCUCAUCAACUUGUUCCAUCACACAAUCUUGAAGCUUUGGAGUUACUUGGUUGCAACAACCUUAGAAGGCUACCUAAUGAGUUAUUUAACAUCUCAUGUCUAAGAAUAUUGAGAAUAAUAGGGUGCAAAGAGCUCAAAUCAUUGGAUGGGAUUAUGAAGAUAGAUGGUGGAAACAAUGGCAACAUCAUGCAUCUCGAAAAGUUGGAGAUAAUACAUUGCCCUUCUCUCAAAUAUUUUCCAAGUGGAAAAUUACCACCUACUCUCAAGAAGUUAGUCAUCAAAGAUUGCGAGCUCCUUCAAGCUCUACCCCAAGGAAUAAUGUCUAAUGGUGAUGAUGAUGAUGAUGGCAUCCUGCAUCUUGAAGAGGUAACCGUUGGAAACUGCCCUUCUCUCGAAUCCUUCCCAAGAGGCAGAUUUCCUCCAUCGCUCAAGACGUUGCUUAUCGAAGAUUGUGAGCUCCUUCAAGCUUUACCAGAGGGAUUGAUGUGCGACAACGACAAUACAUUGCAUUUGGAGGGUCUUAGAAUGCAAGGACUUCCAUCUUUGAUGUUCUUCCCAAAUGGACAACUUCCGAAAACCCUUAAGAAUCUCGUUGUGUUCAAUUGUAGAAGAUUAGACUUAUUUCCAGACAGGAUGUUGCAAAAUAGCAAGGCGCUUGAAACCAUUGAAAUUUCACAUUGUACCAAUCUAAAGGCCUUGCCUCUUGACUGCUUCAACAGCUUAACUCGCUUGAGUACAUUGGUAAUAAGCGGUUGCCACGGUUUAGAAUCCUUUCCAGAAUCUCAACUGUUACUGCCUAAUCUCAAGUUUCUAAGGAUAAACAGAUGUAAGAAUCUUAAGUCCCUUCCUCAAGCAAUGUACAAGCUCAAGUCACUUAAAGAGCUGAAAGUAAAGAGUUGUCCAAAUAUCUUGGUCAUUCCUGAUGGUGGUUUGCCUCUGAAUCUAUCACUUCUUUUCAUUGAUUGUGAGAACCUGAAACAACCGAUGUCCGAAUGGGGCUUAGACAGGCUUAUCAAUCUUCACCAUUUAUGGAUCCAUUGGAUAUGUCCUCCAGAGAAUGUUCUUCCUUCUUCAUUGAUUGAACUUUACAUUAGAAAUGUAGCUGAUCUAAAAUCUUUACCUCAAAAGCUCUUGAAAAACCUGUCAUCUCUUCAAGUCUUGGACAUUUCUCGUUGCUAUCAACUUCAGACAUUGCCGAAAGAAGGCCUGCCUCCUUCACUUGGAUCACUCAGGAUUGAUGAGUGUCCAGUUUUACAACAUUGGUGCUUGGAGAACAAAGACUCUCGGCGUUUGAUAGCGCACAUUCCGUGCCUUUGGAUAGGUUAAAGAUCAAUAGGGUCCUAUAUUUGGACGUGGCAUGAGUGUUUAUUGUACAGAUUCGGGUUUGGAUCAUUUCAGGUUGUACUCUCUGGUUGCUGUUGGAGAACAUUACACUGGCAGCAUGCUUAAUACAUGCAACUCAGUCAGGAAGUGAAGUUUCCGAUAGUAGACGGUUGAAUAAUGUGUGGGAACCUACCAUUGGAAAUGGAACAACAGCUGGAAAUGACUGCUAAAACCCUGUACAUUGAGGAACAAGGGGAGGAAUCCGACCGAAGGACGGCUUGUGUCGGUAGCUAGUCAAAGAGACAAUAGCUUACCAGCUCGAUGAUCUGCCACACUGAAAGUUUGAAUUAUCUUUCUAUAAGAUCCAUAGAAAUAUUUUCUUACUAAACUUUCUAGCCUUACUUGAUCAUCAAGGUUUUAUUUGCAAACAAAGAGAAGACCUCUUUGUUCAUGGAUGUUUAAAUAUUACAACUUACAUUCAUGUAAAUCAAAUAUGUAUAAAUUUAUCUUACUUGAACUCAUGUACAAUAUUUUCAUAUAUUUGAAGGAUAUUUAGAGAAUA